AUUUUUUUCAUUCCUCAAAUAUCACCAUUAAUAUGAAGUUUACUAUACCCGUAUAGUGUAAUAGUUAUGCUAAUGUUUUCCGUCACAACCUAUUUUAAAUUUAUUUUAAUCACUAAAUCAUCUGAUUUUUUUAACACACAAAAACUAAAUUUUUUUUUACAAUGAUAA